UCAAACGCAUUGGGUGUAGGUGCGUUUACCCUAACCUCCGUUUCACAAACAACCCACUCCCACUCCCAUUCCAAUUUCGAAAUUCGGGUCGCCGGAGGUAUGCCGUCUCCUCCGUCGCCGCACACGGUGGUUCGUCACCGCUUCGCCGCCUUCCUCAUCUGGCAAUCCAUCCUCGGCUCCGUUAUCUUCGUCCUCUUCCACCUUCUCCUCUCAGCCUCCUCCGUUGUCUCCGCCUUCCUCGCCUUCCUCUCGUUCCACAUGUUUCAGCUUCUCUUCUCCUUUUCUCUCGCUACCCUCUCUUCUCCGAUCCCCGAUUCUCCGCUUUCUCCGCUUCGAUUCGUUCUCGGGCUCCGCCUCGGCCUCUCAGAUCCCGAGUUCCGCAGCCGUGCUCUCAUCUCCUUGCGUGUCGUGCUCUUCGUCUCCGCAUCUUCUCUCGCUGGGUUCACAUCGGCGGCUGCGUUUUGCUUGGCCAAUAAUGCCGCCGGAGUGAUUGGAAGAGCUGGGUUCAGAGGAUUUGUCACUGGGUUGCUCUAUGCGUCGCUUUUCGUCCGUAAGCAGAGAUGGGUUCUGGAGUUUCCCAUCAUUCAGCGACCUCCAUUUUUCAGCUUCAAGAUUGGACUCCCUGCAGCGCUAAAACAAGCCCUGAAGCUGUCGGGUGGGCUCUAUUUGCUGUCGACCAUUCUACUUGUGUUCCUAUUGGAUUGGUCGGGUGGGCUUGAGUCGGUGUCGGGAUUCUUGGUCGAGCAGGUCAUCUUUUAUGCGGGCAGUUUCGCUCUGAUCCUCUGUUGGGAAGUGACUCACCACUUACAUCAGGUUCUACACACGAAAAGAUUCAUUUUUGCACCACCAAAAGGAUCAGCAGCAGCAGAAACAAAUCCAAGCGAGCCUCUUCUUGCGGCUUUAGAGGGGAGUUCUCCAGGUUCCCUCCUCCAGUGUCUUGCAUACCUCGAUCUCUUCAUGGUGUCUCGAAAUAAUGUUGACACAUGGCGUCGGGCUGCUUUCUUUGAAGAAACCACCGAGACUUACAAGAGAGUCAUCCGCGUAUGCUUGAGGCCUUUGGAAGAGCUUGCCUCUAAAUUAUCCUCUGGAUUAGACUACACUUUUACUGAGAAAGGCUACCAAACACCACACCACCAGAUGACAACCGAGUCGUAUAUAGAUCCUAAAUUCGGGGAGUCCCUUCAAUUUUUCCAGUUAUAUGCAUGGUGUGCUCAAACAACGGCCUCCCUCACCGCCAUCUCUCGCAAGGAAGACAGGCUCGGUGUAGCCCAGUUGUCGGGUGGGAACACCGAUGUUGUCUCGACCCUUAUAUCGCUUCUUCUUGCGGUUGAAACGUUUAUGGGGAAGAAAACCAAUUUGCAAUCGCCUCAGCAGCUGAUGGGACCUGCCGGUAUGAAAUGGGCGACCUCGAGCAUUGGGAGGAAAGAUGUUAAGCCCGUCAAAAGGAGAGAUGGGCCUAUAUAUUCGCGUGCCUUCGCGGUUGCAGAUGUUUUGAGGGUAUCUAUAUACCGAGUUGUGUCUGAUUUCCGAGAUGAGAUGCUCACCAGUGACAGGGCAGGACUUCUCGGAAGGGAUUGGAUCGGUAGCAAGAAACCGCCUUUCGGAACACGAGAUAUGUUGCUGCAGAAGGUUCGGCUCUUCCUCGAACUCCAGGCUUGAUAGUGUAGUCUAAGAAUAUGGAAAAGGAAGAAUCUUGAAGAGUUUCUGGAAAAUAUCAGAUGUAAUGAGAUUGAGAUCUUUGAAGUGUAAUUCCUGGUUUUUGCGGAAAUUAUAGCAUAGAAAAUCUGUUGUUAAACACCUUGAUUUGUAUUUGAUUAUGUUGAAGGGUGGAUAUUUUGAGUUUUAGUU